AUGGGAUUUUUCAUGUCGACGAAGAUCGGAGGGAUCCUUCCGUUUGCCUUGGUAUUCCUGUCCCUAGUGGUGUCAGGAGACUCACAUGUAGAUGUGAAGUGUGAGAACAUUUAUAAGGACUUUUCUGAUUGUGUCCUGGAGCUGGGACAGAGCAUGGACAACUACCAAGAGAAUGUGACCAGCGAGAGGGGAGUCGACGCCGUCUGCAGCCACUGGGAAGACUUCCACACAUGUGCCCUCAGAGCGCUGUCCGACUGUAAGGAGGAAGUCAGCUCCAUCUGGGAGAAUCUGAAGCGGGACUCCAUGAAGAUGCAGUUCCAGGGAAGUCUGUUCGACCUGUGCAGCCCCAGCUCCUCGCCCAGCAUAAGUUCACCUCUCACUGCCCUUAUUCUACCCCUGAUAGGCGUGCUGAUCAUGGCUGGGCCCAACUGGUUCCUAGUAUAA